AUGUUUGGACUUGGGGCUCAAGCGGGCCAUUUGUUCAAGCCUGCGUUUUGCUGCGACGGAGAUUCUUCAGGAGGCCAUUUUCCAGCCAGGCCCAUGACCCCGCCUUGCUUCGGACUACAAGACAUCCGCGCAGUUCAACCCCCCCAACUCCACGCGCCCGACGUGCCCGACUCAUUGGAUGCACUUCAGCCCGUCAAUUGUGGCGAACUGGAGGAGGACGAUGAGGAUGGCGAGCUCAGCAUGACACUGGGAGCCCUCAAGAGAUGCCAAGAGAAGAAAGCCGAGCAGGUGGAAUUGAAGAGAUUUCUGUCCCGACACAGACGCGUGGCAGCGAGAAACCUUUUUGGGGUCAGAUUCUUAGCCCUCUACCCCAUCCAUGUGGCAGCCAAGUUGGGCAAGCCUCAGAUGGUGAAAGUGCUUUUGCGGGCGGGUGCGGACAAAGAGAAGAACACCUCCCAAGGUCGCAGCGCUUUGGAUCUAGCUCAGCAGGCGAAGGAUUCCGAGAGCCGGAUCCAGGUGAUCCAUAUUUUACAAGGCACUGAGAUGCUCAUCAAGCAGAAAUGGUCUGCCAAGGACUUGCUGAUGAUGGAGCUGAACUUGACUCAUGGUCGAUGCUGGAAGCCCCAGGGGGCUGUGGCCUUGUGGCCCAGCAAAGUGCUGUGUUUGGACUGCCUGCGGCAGUUCCGGAUGUGCAUUAUCCUGACGGACAACUACUUACUUCACCCGGUGCCCAGUCCGGUGGCCUGUGUGGCUGACCCAGUCGAUGUUCACCCGCAGAACAUGGUGGAACGCACCUUCGCCAUCCUAGUGCUCAUCUUUGGACUGGUGCUCUUCUCGUCCUUCGUGAGUUCCAUUACUGCUUCUAUGACCCAGCUGCGGAACAUGCAGGAAGACAAGUCCAAGCAGUUUUGGUUGCUGAGGCGAUACUUGCUGCAGAAGAAGGUGCCGCAGGACUUGACCUUCAAGGUGCUCCGCUACACCGAGUAUGCCACCAGCCGUUCGGGCGAAGCGAUUCCAGAGCACCGCAUCACCAUCCUCAGUCUUUUGACGAAGCAGCUGCAGAGUGAGCUCCGCUUCGUGACCCACUUCGGAUGUGUGAAGCUUCAUGGUUUCUUCAAGCUCGUUUGCACCAUGAACGAGUCCUUGCUGCACAUGAUGUCCACGGGAAAGGCCUUGGUCUCCAAAGCCUUGGCAUCGCAGGAUCCACUCUUCGAGUUGGUCGAUCCCGCCCUUUGCAUGUACUUUGUGGAUCAGGGGCAGGUUCAGUACUGCCAGGGGCAGUCGGCUUUGGGAUUGGGUGGUGGCCUGAGCACUUGGGCCCCGAGCAACUUUGACUCAGAAGGCUUAUUGCCUCCAGACCCUGAGACGGUCCAACCGGUCACGCCCACCGAAAGCGGCAUUGCCAUUGGCAAGGGUGGACACUUGUGUGAAAUCGUCUUGUGGGCGCAGUGGCGCCACGUGGGCUCGGCGCGCGCCAUCCACGAGUCCAAUAUCGUGCAGGUCAUCGCCAAGGGCUUUGCGGAGUGCAUUCGGAGGGAUCCUGCAGUGGACUCGGUCGCAGCGAUGUAUGCACGGAUGUUUGUGCAGCUGGCCAAUGAUCGGGAGCGAAUUCCAGAGGAUUGGCAGGAGAUUUGCAAUGACGAGAUGACUGCACUGACCGAUUCCUUGAGCGAGUACAGCCCAGACUCUGAGACCCCGAAGAACCUCAUGUCUCGCAUCAUGGCCUUGACAAAGCCGAAGGCCCGUAGCUUCUAA